AUGAAGGCCACCAAGAAAAAGACCUACAUCAUCAUCAAGACAGACCUCCUCAUCCCGGGCGACGGCGAGCCCCUCAGCAACGCGGCCCUCGUCAUAGAGAACAAUCUCAUCGCCUGGACAGGUCCGCAGCCCGACCUCCCAGCCAAGUACAGCUCCACCCCCCACCGCGCCUACCAGGUUCCCUACCUCAUGCCAGGCCUCUGGGACGUCCACGUUCACUGCUCAGGCGACAGCAUGACGGGCGAGGACGGAUUCAAUUACACGGGCUUCAUCACCAACCACCCCACCGCAGCCGGCGCCCGCCUGGCCCGCGGGUGCUGGGAGGCCAUCCAGCGCGGGUACACGAGCCUGCGCGACGUGGGAGGCAUGGGCUGCGAGGUGGCCAAGGCGAUCCGCGAGGGCGAGAUUGUGGGGCCCAACAUCUACUCCAGCGGAGCGGUUCUCUCGCAGACGGCAGGGCACGGCGACAUGUUCAACAUGCCGGCCAGCGUGGUGUACCAGAACCUAGGAGUCAGCGCCCAGGCCGGCACGGGCGGGCACCGGUUCGGCACGGGCGUCUGCUGCAUCGUGGACGGGGUGGACGAGUGUCGCAGGGCGGUGCGGCUGCAGCUGCGGAGGGGGGCGCGGUGCAUCAAGGUCUGCGCCUCGGGAGGGGUCAUGUCGCGCGACGACGACGUGCAGCGGGCGCAGUUCAGCAAGGAGGAGCUGGCGGUGAUUGUGGAGGAGGCGGCGAGGCAGGGCAGGUCUGUGGCGGCGCAUGCGCACGCCAAGGCCGGCAUCGUGGCUGCGGUCGAGGCCGGGGUGCGCACCGUGGAGCACCUCUCGUUUGCGGACCAGGAGUGCUUUGAUCUGAUCAAGGCCAAGGGCGCCAUCUGUGUGCCGACUCGCUACAUCAUCGAGUACCUGCUCUCGACGGGCGGCGAGGGCCUGGACCCUGCGAGCUGGGAAAAGGCCAAGCUGUCGGCGUCGCACCACCUGGAGGCGUACCAGCUGGCCGUCAAGACCGGGUGCACCAUCGCCAUGGGCACAGACACGCCGCCUGGGUUCAACGUCGCCAUCGAGCUCGAAUAUGCCGUCAAGGCCGGGCUGAGCAAUCUCGAGGCCAUCAAGGCCGCGACGGUCAACGGCGCGCUGACGGUCGGUGAGCAGGCGCCCAGGACUGGUCAGCUCAAGGCUGGCUACGAGGCUGAUGUGCUGGGGCUCACGGCGAACCCGGUCGAAGAUGUGAGGAUCCUGCAGGACAAGGCCAAAAUCAAGUGGGUAUGGAAGGGGGGCAAGAUUUACAAGGGGCCAGGUGUUGGGCCUUGGGGAGAGGACAAGUGGUUGGGAGACGAUUCUGCGGAAUGA